AAUGAUUGUGAAGAUGUAAAAAGUAUAAAUGGAAUAUUUUCUUGGAAAUUAAUAGAAGGAAACCAUGUACCCUAUAUCAUAAGAGUAAUUAACGGUGAACAUUUAAAGUUUGUAUCCGUACAGAUGGCUACAACUCUGCUACGCAGCAAUAAUUUACAUGCAGAUAUUUAUACAUAUGCAUCAGUAAGAAGUCAUUUAAUCACUGAUUCUGAAGCUAACUUAUUAAAUGAGAUUAACCGAAAACAUGCUGACAGUAAAUUCGGGAAAGGAAUGUUUUUAGCAGGAAAAGAUCGUAUCGUCCGUUUAGAAGAUGUUAAUGAAUAUUAUACCUUCAUAAAAAUAUGUUAUAAACAAUUACUGGGCAAAUCUACUUCAAGUCGGAAAGAAAAAUGCGGUUUCAUACGUAUUAACUCUGAUCGUUAUGUGCCAUAUUGUGUUAAAGAUAACAGAAUAUAUGUUCCGCUAUUCUGCUUUGAAGGCGAAAUCGUAGUAGGAAACCUAAGACAUGAUGUUAUAGAAAUAGAAAAUUGGGACUUGGCCUAUCUCAAGUUCUGUUGUAAAGUCCAGGGUAUCAGAGAUUAUUUGUUUGCUAGUGACUCUUGUACAGUGACCACUCUUGACAAUAUCAAAAAUAAUUUUCCAAGAGAAACGAUUUUUGAGGAUUAUUGGCCAAGCAAUAGGCAUAAUUCACAUCUUCUAGUUGAUCAAGAUAACUCUUCUACCCAUACCUGGAUCAGAGCACCCCCUGAAAUAGAACUGGCUGAAAACACUAUUCCCCACACUUUAACGGCACCAGGACCAGCCAUACCACAGACUAUGUCAGUAAUGAACACCUAUCAAAUUGGAUGGCGAGCAAACCAAAUGGGUUCAACAAUGUCUCAAUGCAGCAGUUUGAUAAAUAAUACAAGUAAUAUUGUACCAUCACUGCCUUUAGUUAGUGCAAGUAAUACAGCACCUGUAAUUGGUAAUACUAUCUCAUACUCCAACAUUGAACCUCCAACGCUACAACAGCUCAACGCAUUGAGCAAUGAUGGUCCAACUGAAAUUGUUCCGGCCACAGAGAUCAUUGACCUAACAUCUCCACUGUCCAUCCCUGUUCCACCAACUGUGCAGGAGAAUUCUCUUCCUUUUGAACGGGAAUUGACAAGAAUACCGCGACGGAUGAGGGCCCGUGCCAAAUCUCGUCAUCCAUACAAGAUUCAAUGCACAACACUUCAAGGGAGAUUGAUAUACUGCAUAAACGCAAAAGCGUUUGUGUUGUAUUCAAAUUGGAUGGUGACAAUAGACGAUCUAGUCCAGACGGCGUUACCAACGUGUACAGUGGAGAAAUGCGCUCAACUCUUAGACAAAGUCUUAAAAACGAAAAUAUUCUAUGGAAAUCCUAAGCAGUUAGCCGUGUUGAAGAAAAAUGGACUCAUCAGGUCGAUGGUCCCGGGAGAAACACCGAUGGUUAUGCUACAUGAUAUCAAGAAGGUUUUGCUAAAGUUACAGACAUUGGAAUGUUAUGGUUUCACUACAUCGACAACGAGAUUCUAA